AUUUCUUUCACGUAUAAAUAGAAAGUUAAUAGAGUGAUGCUUGUCUGCAUAUUCACUAGUUUCCUUUCUGGUUUCUGCAUAUCACCUCAUGGCCAGUUUGGGUGAUCAUGAUGGUAUUGAGAUUAUAAAGUCUAUUUCUGAUGCCCCACCAACGCAUUACAUGGUCAAGAUAGAGUCUUUCUCACUCCUUACAAAACAUGCUAUAGAGAGAUAUGAAACUGAGAGCUUUGAAGCGGGAGGCUACAAAUGGAAACUGGUUCUGUAUCCAAAUGGAAACAAGAUCAAGAAUAUGAAAGAUCAUGUUUCUGUUUACUUGGCUCUUGCAGACUCGAGUUCAUUAGGUCCAGGGUGGGAGGUUUCCGCUGUUUUCCGUCUGUAUUUUCUGGAUCAAAACAAAGAUAAUUAUCUGAUUCUACAAGGGAAAGAGAGACGGUUCCAUACGGUCAAGCGUGAAUGGGGAUUCGAUAAGUUCAUCCCUACCGUUACCUUCUUUGAUGCGUCAAGCGGUUACCUAAUGGAAGACACAUGUAUGUUUGGAGCUGAUGUAUUUGUUUCCAAGGAGAGAAGAAGUGGGAGAGGAGAAUGUUUAUCGAUGAUUAAAGAUGCCACUAGCUCUAAACACGUCUGGAAAAUCGAAAACUUCUCUAAGCUAGACAAAGAAAGCUACGACUCUAACACUUUCUUCGCUGGAGAUAGAAAAUGGAAGAUACGGUUUUAUCCAUCGGGAACGAAGCAAGGAACAGGAACCCAUCUUUCUGUCUAUCUGAUCCUCGCAGAUCCUGAUUCCGUUUCAGACGGUACAAAGAUAUUUACAGAGUUUACGAUUCGAAUAUUUGAUCAGCUUCAAGGCAGACACAUCGCAGGGAAAGUUACUAAAUGGUUCAGUCGAUCGAGCUUGGAGAAUGGAUGGGCGAAGUAUGUAUCGAUGGUUUAUUUCACGCAGCCAAACAGUGGCUUGUUGCUCAAAGAUGUCUGUCUCGUUGAAGCCGAUGUCUGCGUUCAUGGAAUCACUAGUGCACUCUGAUCUCACCUUGUUCUCACUCAAAUUGCAUUCCGAGUCUUACUCAAAGAAUGUUGUCGGAUUCUAUCAAAUCAAAAGCUAAAAUCUUUCACAUUGAUAAUACAAACUAUGGAAUGAUAAUAUGGAAUACUUUUUUUAUAUAAUUAUCUUCUCAAGAGAAGCAAGAAAUACAAAAUAUGGUUUCAACUUUUCUUACCACAACAAUAAUAAGUAAAAACUAUAAUAUGACUUUUUUUUUCUUCAAAAGUUCAAAAGACAAAGAAUAAUAAUAAUUAACCCAUCUCAGAGUUGAAACUAAAAACCCCAGAAAGAGCCUAAAAUACAGAGAGCAAGACUGAGUCUGGACAUGAGUGAAACAGAGGGUGAACCUGAGAUUGGUUCAGGUUUCAAGCUUGGACCUUGUUAGACUUGAGUGGCUUCACAACCUCCCAGGUGAAAUCAGGGUCGUCCCUUCCAAAGUGGCCAUAAGCAGCAGUCUUCAAGAACCUGCCGUUACCUCCUCUCUUCAAAUCCAAGUUGAUCGAAAUCAUCCCUGGCCUGAAAUCAAAACUCUCCUUCACAAUCUCAAGAAUCUCCUUGUCUGGAAUCUUCCCGGUUCCGUAGCUGUCCACGAAGACAGACAAUGGCUCAGGGACACCAAUGGCGUAAGAGACUUGCACAAUGCACCGCCUCGCUAGCCCACUGGCCACAAUGCUCUUAGCUGCUUGCCUAACGAUGUAAGCACCACUCCUGUCGACCUUGGUCGGGUCCUUCCCGGAGAAAGCACCACCUCCGUGUGCACCCCAUCCACCGUAGGUGUCGAUGAUGAUCUUACGCCCGGUAAGUCCGGCGUCACCGUGAGGACCUCCGAUCACAAAACGACCAGAUGGGUUGAGAUGGAAGAUGGUCUUCUCGUCAAGGUACUUCUCUGGGAUCACCGGCUUGAUCACGUGCUCCUUGAGAUCAGCUGCGAUCUCAUCGUUGGUCACGGUCUCGUCGUGCUGCGUUGAGAUCAAAACAGUGUGGACGCGCACAGGGACCAUAGCUCCGUUCUCGUUGAAGUACUCAACGGUGACUUGCGUCUUACCGUCCGGUCUCAGCCAGGGGCAAGUUCCGUUCUUGCGAACCUCAGUGAGCUUGGCUCCGAGCUUGGUGGCGAGGACGUGGCUAAGAGGCAUGAGCUCGGGGGUCUCGUCGGUGGCGUAGCCGAACAUGUGACCUUGGUCACCAGCUCCGAUCUCCUCUGGUUUCUUGGUGAGGUGGCCGUGGACACCUUGCGCGAUGUCGGGGCUCUGCUGCUCAAUGUUGACGAGGACCUUGCAGUUGUCGGCGUCUAGGCCAACGUCGGCGGAGACGAAGCCGAUAUCACGGCAAGUUUUACGGACGAUCUUCUCGUAAUCGACGUCAGCCUUGGUGGUGAUCUCGCCGAAGACCAUGACCAUGUUGGUCUUGGUACAGGUCUCGCAAGCGACUUUGCUCUCGGGGUCUUGCUCAAGGCAAGCGUCGAGGAUUGCGUCGGAGAUCUGAUCGCAGAGCUUGUCGGGAUGUCCUUCGUUGACGGACUCGGAGGUAAACAAAAAGGAUUCCAUUUUCCGUAACCUAAAGGGACAAGGAGUUAGAGAGAGAGAGAGGUGGUAAUGGAGGAAGCAGCUAAAGAAAUGUAUGUGGUGGUGGUAGUACGAAGGUGAAGUAAGAGCAUAGAAGCUUUAUAUAUACGAGGCGAUGAAGAGGUGUAGGAUCGUAAUUUCGUCUAGAUUCAUUCCCAGUUUCAUUUUCACUCUGUUCAUAGAAAAUGAGAUUUAUAUAAUCUGACGGUUCAAAUUAGAUCCAUAAAAGAAAG